AUGGCCUAUGAAACCCUCUCAUUGGCACAAUCAAGGCUGGAAUAUGAUUCAAUGCUAGAUGAGCACAAGAAGCCGUCAGCUACACCACGACCCGCUCAGGUUAUCUCUCUAGAGGAAUUCGAAGAGGACGGAGGGAUAUGGCACCACCCUUGUCGCUGUGGCGGUAGUUAUUCGGUUUCUGAAGAAGAUAUGGAGAAGAAUAUACAUCUGAGUGGUUGUGAUGGUUGUUCAGAGGUCGUUUGGGUAGGUUUUGAGGUCUUGGAAGUCUUGGAAGGGGAGUAG